AAAAUGUAGGAUAUUAUAACUUGGUCCACGCCUCGCCUGACGCAUCACAUGUGGGUUAGUCACGUGAACAAAGUUACAUACUUAUAAGUGAUCCCUUGGUGGCUGACCGUUAUAUUACCUGCUGUGCGCUGCUGCGUGAGAGUCACUGUCCAGCUUUAUUAUUCAUAUUCAUAUUCAUAAUCAUAAUCAUAAUCGCAGCAAUGCACUACAGCACGCUAAAGCUGUUCGAUCUGCAUGAACUGAGCAUGUACAUCCACGGCUUACCUUUUGAGGCAGGCAUGAUGAGCACCAAAGAGGAGCCAGAACUUCAGGAGAGCCAGAUCUCCACGGUGCAACAUGCAGGGACGCACAUGGCGCGUGGCACGCGCUCGGCCAGCAUCGCCCUGUCCUCCACCGGCUCAUGGCGAGACUCGACGCGCAGCUGGGGCUGGCUGCUGUCCGGCGCCGUGCUCGUCAACGUGCUCGCGCUCGGAUGCGCGCUCGUCGGCGCCAGCGUGUUUAACGCGCAGCACGUCACCAGCGUGCACCUGCAGCUCUACCUCGUGGUGCUGAUCCUCUCCACUACCGUCUGGAUAGUCUUCUACAAGGCGUACACGUGCCGCGAGGACGACGCCGUGCUCUACAAGGAUAUGCACGCAGGGCCCGUGUGGCUCAGAGGUGGCCUGGUGCUGUUUGGAAUCUGCAGCUUAAUCAUGGACGUUUUUAAGGUCGCCUUCUAUGUGGGUCAUGUGCACUGUGACUCACCUGUGAAAAUCGUCUUCCCCGCUGUGCAAGCCAUGUUUAUUCUGGUGCAGACUUACUUUCUCUGGCUCCAUGCCAAGGAUUGUGUGCAAGCGCAGAGAAACAUAACUCGCUCUGGGCUAAUGCUCACCUUGGCCACAAACCUGAUGAUAUGGAUAACUGCAGUGACAGAAGAGUCUCUCCAUCAAACAGUCUAUCCCAAUGAUACUCGUAGCCUCGGUUCCCGGAGUCUCUCAGUUAGAGCUAGCGCUUCUGAAGGCGACAGCAGUUGUGUAUGCAGUCUCACGGCAUGCAAAAUCUUCGAAGAUGCGUACUAUUACCUCUAUCCAUUCAACAUUGAGUACAGCCUGUUCGCCUCAGCUAUGGCGUAUGUGAUGUGGAAAAACGUGGGCCGGCUGGUGGAUGACCACGGGCAUCAUGAACACCGCUUCCACAUGCGUGACGUGCUGGUAGGCCCAGCCAGUGGCCUCCUGGUGUUGGUGGCUGGCCUGACCAUAUUUGUGGUGUACGAGGUGGAUGUAUCAUCUAAUGAGCCAGGGAAGACGGACACGGCUCUCAUUAUGUACUACGUGGCCAACACAACUACAGUGGUCCUGAUGACUGUGGCAGCAGUGGCCGGUUGCACUCUGUACCGGCUGGAGCAGCGUGAGCAUGCAGUGGGCAAGAACCCAACACGCAGCCUGGAUGUGGGGCUGUUAGUGGGAGCCUCUGUAGGCCAGCUCACUGUCGCCUACUUCACCAUUGUGGCCGUGUUGGGAAUCGGUGUGGGCGGCCUAGUCAACGCACUCAACCUGGCCUGGAGCGUGCUCAAUGUAGUCGAGCUUUGUGCACAGAAUGUGUUCAUCAUUGAAGGCUUGCGGCGGGAGCCACACCAGGACACACGCCGUGCCAGCAUCUUCUCCAAUCUGCUCGCCUUGCAAGCACACGAUGAGCGCAGGAGGUCCAGCAAUGUGCUCACGCCUCGUGGCUCCAUUGCCAUCUCGGUCCACAAGCCCCUGCCCUGGAAGAGGAAGCUUCUCAAGGAGGUCUCAUCGUUCCUGCUGCUUUGCAACAUUAUUCUUUGGAUCAUACCUGCCUUCGGAGCACGGCCACAGUUUGACAACCCCCUCGGAGUGAAUUUCUACCAGUUUGGCAUGUGGGUGGCUGUGGUUAACAUUGGACUGCCUUUUGGGAUCUUUUACCGCAUGCACUCAGUAGCCAGUCUUUUUGAGGUGUACCUUACCUCUUGAAUCUACAGCCUUAGACAAUACCUGUUCAUAUAACUUUUAUAAAUAGUUUAUAAAAGAUUUUCUUGUAAAUGAUACAAUCUAUUUUUUUAUGCUUUUUUGUCUUUUAAUAUUUACUUGGAAACUGAAUGAAGAGCUUGUGUAAAGAUUUGUGCAUCUUAGGUGUAGUGUACAGUACUGUGCAAAGGUCUUAGGCACCCUAUUUUUUUUUUUUUAGUACAAACUUUGUUAUAGAUUUUUAUUUUAAGACUUCUACAAAAGUCUGUACAAAAACAUUUUAGAAUUCCAAACAUUAGUUUUCCAGCAGAAAAUUAAAUGUUGCAGAAAAAUGUUUGUAUGACAGUAAAGAAAGCAGAAUAUUAUGUAAGAGUCACUUUUCAGACAAAAAAAACAUAAUGAAGGCUGCUGGGUUUUGCUGCAAAAAUAAGAAGCGAGUGUGACAGUCAACGUCUCCAGAAGAACUGUGGCUGCUUCUGCAAGAUGCUCAGUAACACUUACAGCUCAUUUCCUUAUAAAACUGCACACAUUGUACCCGAGACUAAAGCAAAGGGUCAUCACACCAAAUAUUGACUUUGUUUAAUUUAUUACUGUUUACUGCUCUUUAUAGUAUUUUUAAAUGCAGAGACAUUUGAUUUCAUUAUUAUUGAAGGCAUAUUUGCUCUACAGCAUUUCUUUGCAUGUGCCUAAGACUUUUGCACAGUAUAGUAUAUGCAGAUGGGUGACAAAUUAAAGUCUCUUAGUAAAGUGUUGGGUUAUAUGAGGAUGGGUUCUCUGUUGAGCCUGGUUCCUCUCAAGGUUUCUUCCUAUCACCAUCUCAGGGAGUUUUUCCUUGCCACCGUCGCCCUGCUUGCUCAUCAGAGACGGCACACACACACACUUCACUUUACUUUUGUUUGUGUAAAGCUGCUUUGAGACAAUGACCUUUGUAAAAAGCGCUAUACAAAUAAAAAUGAAUUGAAUUGAAUUGAAUUAUCACAAGCCGCCAGAACAGCUUGAAUACACCUUGGCACAGAUUCUACAAGUCUCUUGUACUGGAGGGAUGAACACCAUUCUUCCAAAAGUUAUUCCCUCAGUUGGUGUUUGAUGAUGGCGGAGGAAAGUGCGGUCCAAAAUCUCUUAUUUAACUGGGUUGAGAUAUGCCGUUUGUGUAGGCCAUAGAAUAUGAUUUACAUAAGUUACAAAGAUCAUCAAAUCAGUCAGUGAGCCCUCAUGCCCUGUGGAAGUCAUUCUGGAAGGGACCACUCCCAUCAGGAUAGAAUUAACAGCAACCCUUCUGUCUAAAGAGACAAGUGGACACAAACCAUGCCAGCAAAAUGCUUCAGGUACAUACCACGGCUACUGUUUUUUUUUUUUUUUUUAC